CGUUGCUCGUUUGAGAAGUCGAAAGGUUUACCCAGGAGACGGAAAAAGAUACGAGAAAUGCCUGCAAAGAAAAAACUUGAAGGCAAAGCUAAAGCCGGGAGUAUACCGGGGGAUACAGGAUCUGUGGCAACCGCGACUAUGGUUCGGCGCCAAAUGCCGCCGCGCGCCUGCAAGAGCAAGAGCCAGAGCGCCGCCAGGCCCAGUCUUAGUCCCAGCCGCCUGGCCAAGAAGCCCAGCCUGACGCCGACCACCGGUUCUCAGGCGCCAUCGCAGACCAUCGCAAAGUCGAGGCCCACCGGUCUCGAGACGAUUUUUGAACGGCCCGGCAAUGAGGACGACGGGCCCACCAGCAGCCAUGCCGUGGCAUUCGGCGAGUGCCAGCGCCGCGUCCUCGCCCUGGAUACGGGCGAAAAACAAAGAACCCUGUCGCAGAAGAGCUGCCUGAAGGUGCGCAACACCUUGGGCGAACGCAGCACCCGGCACAUGAUGACACUGCGGGCGUCCCGCACUACUUUGGACAGCGUAAUGCUCGGGGGCUCGGACGAUGAAGGCGAGUCGGUCGGAGUCGCUCCCGCAGUCGCUCCCGUAGCUGCUCCCGAAGUCGUUCCCGCUGGAGGAAAUGCCGGUACAAAUCAGCCGGCACCAUUCGUGCUGCGCACCAGCAGGAGGCUCAAGAGUCUGCCUCCGUUUUAGAUUGUUGCACCUUCCACCCUCCAAAUGAAAGAAAAAGAAUAAAGAAAAGAAAAGCAAAGAAAAGAAAAACCCUCUACAGAAUGUCUCUUUUGCUCUCAUUGUAAAUUGAAGCGCCUCUUUCGGCGGAACCUACCCCAAGAGCGGAAAGCGGAGAUCAAUUAGAAUUGUGA